CUCGUCUAGCCCCUCCCUCCAACUUUCAGUUUCCCACUGGCUUUCACAAGUUCAGUCAUCCAGUGGCAGCAGUGGCAGUAACACUGGAGAACUUGCUGCAGAAGGAACAGGGAGUAUUCCCAGACAGCCGGAGAGGACAGCAGUCUCCUAAGGCCUCCCGUCCCACCAGCUGGCCAUGCUGACCUGCCCUUUGGUGUUCACUAUCCCUACCCUCCAGCUUUUCAGCACCCUGCUCCUGGCGGUCUCCCUGAAUGCUCAGAAUAAAAGCUGGGACAGACCUGUCUGCACCGAGGGCGCCGUGUCUGUGCCUCGAGGCAAUACUGCAGUGUUGACCUGUAACAUCGCUAACACCUUCACUGAAGUCACCAUCCAGCUGUCUGCCCGUGGAAAGGACAGGACCAUCUUCAAUAAAAAGCCCCAAGGAAACUUCUCUUGGAGUGGGUGGGAGCUUCAGGUUCAAGGGGGACAGGCCCAGCUUGUGAUCAAAGACGUCCAGGACGACCAUGCGGGGAUGUACCUGUGGCAGCUGCGCGGAUGCCAGAGAUAUUACAGAAACGUCACCCUGAAUAUUUCAGAGCCUUCAAAGGAAGACAAGGUCACAGGCACAAGGCUCUUCACACCCCUCCCAGAUCCAGCCGAGAGCUCUCAGCUACAGGACAAGCCUGGGACCCUUGUGGGAGUCAUCAUUGUCUUCAUCUUGGGAGUCACCGGAUUCCUUGUAUUUAUCUACUACAGGCACCGUCGUUCCUAGAAGUCCCAGGGGGUAAAAAGGUUCCAAGUCUGCGGCCGGAGGAAGCUGAAGGGAGCUUCCUGCAGAGUUGAUCCAGAGCGAGGCCACCAGCAUGGGCUUAUCGUGUUCUUGGCCCUUGGAGACCUCUGAAACCCCAGACACCAUGGGAUCACCAUUACACGCUUGGCAGAGCAAAAGGCUUUGUUCGGUUUGCUGGGCACAAAAGACCUUUCCCUGAAGGUAACGGAACCCUUCAUUCUGUGUGGAAGAGGGGACAGCGACUCACUGAAAAAGGACCUUGGAAGCUGGAAAACAGUUUAGGAGAUCUUUCGGUCACGUGUACAGCCUCCUGACUAUGGUCUUCAGUCCUCUGAUCUGCUGCUCCACUCUUCCCCAAAUUGGGACUUCCCAAGCUGCACAUGAUGGCCUCCUUUUCUUCUGCUGAACCUCUGUGGUCAGCAACCCUCCACUACCCAAAGAUCUCCAGUGUAAGCCCGAUGCUGCACAAAGAUUUGCUACCUGUAGAACGUGGGACAUACCUGAUUCCUGACUCACAACAGAAAGGAGUUUGGGAAACCCAGACAUCAGGUUCCAGGGGCCAGAGUAGGGAGAUAGGACUUUAAGAGGAAUCAUCUCCCCACGCCGGCCCCUGUAGGGCAGAGUGCUGUCAGGGACAGGAGUCUAUGAAAAGGUAUAGGUGUUGGUUGGCAGGCAUUGCUCUCCUGAGGAGCACGGAGUCUUGGGAUUCCCUGGGGGCCUCUCCUCAGGAGACCCUGGAGACCCAGCUUCCUGACUCAUAGCCACCACCGGCUGUUCUUUUCUGACCUUUUGUUCUGGUUACAAUGUUAUUUUUUCUUACAAUUAAAUGAUUUUUGAUAGAAA